CAUAAAGUAUCAAUCAAUAUUUCCAUAGCAACGCAACUUAUUUAUUUUUGAGAUUUCAGCAAUCUUUAUUAGUAUUUUUUGUAAACUAUGGAUGCUCUACAACCAAGCAACAUUAACGCCGAAGUUCAAGCUGAUAUCCCAGAGCCUGAUGUCGAGGAUACAUCGUUAAAAAUAAGACCCCUUGAACGGAUCAAGUUACACCCGAAAGUUCCCCCAGAACCAUCGGCUUAUGGAAAAGGAAAAAGUUAUAGUCGUCCAUGGAUUCUACAGGAUGGCAGGGAAGCACCUGCUAAAGGCAGCGAAAUGAGAAACCAAUAUAAGGUUCCAAAAAAAACUCCACGUAUUGUAGGUCUUCGGAAGCAAAUGUUAAAAGACUUUUUCUGGGAGCAAAUGUUAGAGGAAGUUAUAGAUGAAUUGAAAAUUAAUAAUCCUGUCACCGAGUACUGCACCGAAUACGAGGCCAACUAUGUGAAGGAUGAGUUCGAGCCUCGUAACUUAGAAAUCCCUCUGGACAAAAACUUGCACCUAAAGUAUCCCUUGUAUGGAACUGGGUCUAGUGCCGUUACUUUUUACAGUGAGACAAUCCAGAAGACCGGACCGGGUGAAAUUCUGGAAAAAUUCCGGAGAUGCCAGUAUUUUACCAAACCCAUGGAAGAGCGGUUGGACAAUGGCUGGGUAUUGUAGUUUCUCAGUUACGAAGCUAAAUUUAUAAUUUGAAUGAUGUCCAAAAUUCUAUUUAUUACAUUUAUAUGAAUAAAACUAGCUGAAAUAAAACAAUA